AUGUAAUAAAUUAUUGGUAUAGCUUUGAUUUUAGUUUUUGUGAAUGGAAAAAUUUAUACUUCGUACAAACAGUGCGAUAAUACAUGGGGAUCAGAUAAAUUAGGGACAGGAUCAAGCACAAUUUGUUCAAACGGAAGUUUGAUUUCAUCGAUCGCCAUGAUAUUCAACACAUAUGGAAUAACAACAGAUGGGAUCACAACUCCAAGAACAAUGAAUUCAUGGUUAAAGAGGAACAAUGGUUAUGCUUCUGGAGAUCUUUUUAUUUGGUCUUCAAUAUAGGACUUUGGAUUUGUUUAUUAAGGGAAAUUCUCAGCUUCUUAAGCGAAAAGUAUUUUGAUUGAAUUAUAUAAGUGAAAUUUGACAGUGGAGACCAUGUGAUUCUUGGAGUAAAUGAUGGAUCUCAUUAUGUUUUGAUGACAUCGUAUUCUGGAGAUACUUUUAAUGUUAACGAUCCAGGAUAUUCAAAGACGAGUUACCCAUAGAAUUCUGUGAUUUAUGCUCCUAUUUAUACUUAUAGUAAAGUGAGUUAUUUCAAGAAUCAUAUUUUGAAGUUGGAAUGA